AUGGAACGAGCUACUCAGAACUCUUUCUUCUCCGACUCAGAGAAGCCAGACUACUCCGAUCGGGAGUUUGGCCAAGAUCCGGACACGGAGAAGGACAUUGAGCGCGGACCAGCCCCGCGCUCCCCGGCGAGCUCCCGGGCGGCGUCCGAGACAGCAGAUGCCACGCCGGAGCCAGCCACGACCGACGCCACCGCCCCUGCCAAGGCUCCGGGCAGCGGCAUUCCGGACGGCGGGUGGGAUGCGUGGCUGCAAGUGAUCGGAUCGUGGGUCAUUCUCGUGGAUACGUGGGGUUUGAUAAAUACUUUCGGCGUCUUCCAGACAUAUUAUGAGACCGAGCUGCUCCCGGACACGCCCUCGUCCAGCAUCUCCUGGAUUGGAUCGUUGCAGGGCUCGCUUCUGAUGCUCGUCGGCGUCAUUUCAGGCCCACUAUAUGAUGCAGGCUACUUCCGGCACCUAGUGGCUGGUGGACUCUUUCUCAUUGUCUUAGGGCAGUUCAUGACUUCACUAUGCAAGACGUACUGGCAGCUCCUCUUGGCCCAAGGCAUCUGCAUCGGUGUGGGAAUGGGACUUAGCUUCCUGCCUUCGGCAGCCAUUCUCGCGCAAUACUUCCAUAAGCGUCGGGCGCUCGUCCUUGGCCUCUCCUCGUCCGGCUCGCCUCUGGCCGGUAUUGUCUUUCCUAUCAUCUUCUCGCGCCUGCAGCCACGCAUCGGCUUUGGCUGGGCCACUCGCGUGAUUGCCUUCAUCCUGCUCGGCAUCUCCGUCAUACCCGUCGUGUUCAUGAAGACACGGAUACCAGCAAACAAGGGCAAAAAGCGCUCCUUCAUCGACACCAGCGCCCUGCGCGACGUCCCCUACAUGCUCUUCGUCGUGGGCUGCUUCUUUGGCUUCCUGGUGCUGUAUGUGGCCUUCUUCUACACGCAGCUAUUCGACGUCACGCAUCACCUCAGCAGCCUCGACUUCGCGCCUUACACGGUCACGAUGCUCAACGUGGGCAGCGUCUUCGGGCGCGUCCUGCCCAACUACUUCGCCGACAAGGUCGGCAGCCUCAACGUGCUGAUCGUGUGCGCGUCCACCAGCGCCGUGCUGCUGUUCGGCUGGAUGGGCAUCCACAACCUCGGCGGCUUGAUAGUCUUCGCGCUGUUGUACGGCCUCUUCUCCGGCGGUCUGGUCAGCGUCACCCCGUCGGUGGUCAUGGGCCUGACGCCGGAUCUGAGCAAGAUGGGCGCACGGAUGGGUGUCACUUUCCUAGCAUCCGGCAUCUCGAUCCUGGUUGGGACGCCGAUCGCUGGCGCGAUUGUCGGCGAUUUCAGUCGGGAGAGAUGGCUGGGGGUUAUGGGUUACGCUGCUGCUGGUCUUAUUCUUGGGGCAAGCUUUUACGUAGCCGCGCGAAUUUUGCUGUACAAGAAAAAGGGAGGCUGGCGAGCAUAA